UGACCCUUUUCAAGGUUGUCAAAAGUUAAUUAAAAUAAAUAUUCCCGAUAAGACAAUUUGUCGAAUUUCUUUAUUAUAUGAGUAUAAUGUGGGUGUUGUCGUAAUACUUUUCAUUUAAAAGAUGGAAGUGGACUUCCUAAAAAAGUUUUAAGUUCAACUCGUGCGAAUAACAGUUUUGCAUUUAAAUAUUGUCUUGAUCAAACAUGCUCCAGGAAUUUCGUAUUUCAUCUCAUCUUUGAAUCUCAUAUUUCUAAACAACAGAAAGACAAAUAAUGUACAAACCCAGAGUAAAAUGGAUUUUCUUGCUCCUACUUUCGCUCUUGGUAUUCAGUUGGUGCCUAAUGUAUGGUUCCAGCAUGAGUCGGACAGACGUUCGCUACUGCUUUAUGAAUACCUUCAGUACUGUUCCAUCAAUUUCUUCGUCACCGCAAAAACAGUAUCAAACACAAAAUAAACUUACUGAUGGCCCUCAUCUUUUAGAAGACGUGAUGUUGGCCGAACCAAAGCCCAACGCAAGUGGGCGUUCUAUUAUCUUUCACGAAACCAGUUGUCCACAUGAAAAACUGCGGAGUAGUAUGCAAUACAUAAGCAGCGCACCACUGAAUAUGAUGGACCUAACAGCACGAGAAGCUUGUGCUAUUGAAUCUGCAGCAUUACAUAAUCCCAGUUUUAGUGUUUUUGUAUUAUUCGCUAGUCCCGCUUAUCGCGAUUACAACAAUACCCCACCAGUAAUGGAAGCAAUACUCAGCUAUACCAACGUGCAUCUGCGUAAUUUAAACCUUUGGACGUACGCAGCUGGCACACCAAUGUACCAGUGGCUUAAAGAUGGGAAGCUCUUUAGUUCCAGUUAUGUGCUUUCACAUGUUUCCGACUUUUUGCGAUAUUUAACCUUGUGGCGUUGGGGGGGCACUUACCUUGAUAUGGAUGUCGUAGUUUUACGUAGUCUCGAUAAAUUGCCACCUAAUUAUACUGGAGCAGAGUCGAGUACAUAUCUAGCGGCGGGAGUGAUGAAUUUUGCACCCGAUGGCUUUGGUCAUGAAAUCGCCGAAAAAUGUUUACUUGACUUUUUACUGAAUUUCGAUGGGACAGAUUGGGGGAACAAUGGACCAGGCGUGAUAACGCGCGUUAUGAAUGAUGUCUGCAAGACGAACAACAUUGAACUAAUGAUGGAAUCUAAACGAUGUAUGGGCUUCCAUGUAAUGCCGCGGGAAGCAUUCUAUGCUAUACCAUGGAUGAAAUGGGAGUAUUUCUUCGAAGCGCAGUACCUGACCGAGACAUUGGAUUUGCUUCGAGAUUCGUAUGUAGCUCAUGUGUGGAACAAACAUUCGAAGCAAAGGCGUAUAAAAGUGGGCGCUAACGCAGCUUAUGGCAUAUUAGCUGAAAGGCAUUGCCCAAAGGUUUAUGCAGCAGCAGGCGAAUACUUCUAAAUUGAAGGAAAAUAAACCGUAAGUAGGAGAGGAUUAGGAAAAACUCUUCAUACGUAUGCGUGUAUAAUUCGAUAAGACGAAAGUACGAUAGAGUUAUUUCAGUUUUCUGUGUAGUUAAAUUAUUAAGAUGCCGAUAGCUUAUUAUGCUUAAAGUGUUUAAAUGUUAUGCGUUAUUGUUUUUGUUUUGACAAAGUUUCUAUUCUUUUUUUGACAAUGUUUCUUUUGAUAAAAAGAACGAGAAAAAGGUUUCAAAACUAACCAUAAAAAUGAAUUGCAUUAUUUGAAAAAUCUCGUUAGUUUUUUUUUUUUUAUUUUGUAUUUUCAUUUGAGAAUAAUAUUUGUAUAGUUACUGAACUCCAAGUUCUUAACAAAUAUACUUUUUUAUACAUAUUUGAAAUAUUUAUUAGAAAAUUUCUCUUAAAGAAAUUUAAACUAAUGCGGGUUAUGGAAUAUACUCAUUUGCAUAAAAAUGUAUUUUCUUUUGACAGAAUACACUAGGCACAAAAAUCACAUUAGAUAUUGUAUUAAAAUAUAUUUUAUUUUUUAACGAAUCUCCAAAAAUAUCUAAUAUAGCUCUUAAUUUACGAGUAGGAAAAACCAAAGUAUGUACAUAAUUAUACAAAUUUAGAAAUUCUUGACACUUGAUUUGUUUGGAAAUAAUUGUAUCUAUACCAGUAGGAUAUUAUAAACCAUACUAUUGAAGCUAUAUUGAUCACUAAGCCGACACAUAGUAAUAUUUUCAUUUAUUUUCUCUAAGUUCUUAUGAUUUCAUUUAAAUGAAACGAAAAUUUAUUACUGGUUUUGUUAUAUUAGUGAUUAUUUUCCUUGCAUCUUUUUGAUCAAUGGCUUCAAAAGUAUGUGCCACAUUUUUUUGCCGAGCAUGCUUAAACUGAAUUUCGCUUAGGUAUAGCACAAAUGCAUACAUGUAAAGUUAGACAAAACAAACAUCCUACCUAUUCCUGCCACAUAGUCGAUUCAAGGUUAUUUUUAUACACGUUUUUUUCGAGAGAGCAUACAAAGUAUUGUAAAGGCAUUUGGCUGAUUUUCCGGCGCUUUUGUUAUAGAAAAAGGUUAUAUACAUACCUACAAAUAUGUACAAAUACCAAUCUAUACGCAAUGUGCAACAUACCUAUACAAAGAGUGCAUUUUAGGCUGCGUGUAGUUACAAAACAAAAUAGAUUGCAUCGGUAAGCCUAAAUGUAAACCAUUAAUCAAAGUUUUACUAACACAAAUUGUUAUGUAUAAGCGAUAUAAGGUGUUGUAAUAAUAAAUAUGCACUAACGCACAUAAA